CGGCCCCGGGCAUCCGGAGCGCUAAAGAGGACGGACCGCAGAGGUUGUCUGAAGGCCGAGGCCAAGAUGGCGGCGCUGUCAGCUCCUGGCCUGCGAGGCUUCUGGAUCCUUGGUCUGCGCUCCAGCGUGGGUGCAGCUGUGCAGGCACGAGGUGUCCAUCAGACCGUGGCUACCAAUGGGCCGAGCAGCACCCAGCCCGCCCUGCCGAAGCCCAGAGCCGUGGCUCCCAAACCCAGCAGCCGGGGGGAGUAUGUGGUGGCCAAGCUGGAUGACCUCGUCAAUUGGGCCCGCAGGAGCUCCCUGUGGCCCAUGACCUUUGGCCUGGCCUGCUGCGCCGUGGAGAUGAUGCACAUGGCCGCACCCCGCUAUGACAUGGACCGCUUCGGCGUGGUCUUCCGCGCCAGCCCGCGCCAGUCCGACGUGAUGAUCGUGGCCGGCACACUCACCAACAAGAUGGCCCCGGCGCUCCGCAAGGUCUACGACCAGAUGCCCGAGCCACGCUACGUGGUGUCCAUGGGGAGCUGUGCCAACGGCGGCGGCUACUACCACUACUCCUACUCGGUUGUGAGGGGCUGUGACCGCAUCGUGCCCGUGGACAUCUACGUCCCAGGCUGCCCACCCACGGCCGAGGCCCUGCUCUAUGGCAUCCUGCAGCUGCAGAAGAAGAUCAAGCGCGAGCGGAGGCUGCAGAUCUGGUACCGCAGGUAGCGCCCCCGCCGUCGGAGCCCCGCCUGGAGCCGUCCUGUCCCCCUUCUGUCCCGUGAGUUUGUCAAUAAACCCGCCCUUGGGCCUCCGCCUCCCA